UAUACUUUAAUUGAUGUUUAUGCACUUGUUAUUUAUAACUCGCGCGCGACGUCUCGACGCAGUUAUUAUCAAACCAAAACAAAAUGCUAAUCUACUCCGAUAACGCGCCAUACACUCAAUAUAUUAUAUCGGAAGCAAAACAUCCGGAUCGCGGAUUUCGAUAAGACCCUGGGAGGUGCGCAGUACUGCCCCUAUUAUAGUUUCAUCGAAUUUUAAUUCAUACGACAAUUCCCCUAACAAUACGCUUUCGUUUACCAUUCAUCGCACAGCAGGAAGUCGUAAAAAAGGAGCUACGGCACGGACAAUUAUACAGUUACGAACCGAGCCUGUCUGUAACUCCGAAAAACUACUUACUUACUCGAGUAAAAAAAAAAACCGCAAUGGAGAAGCCGCAGAAGCGGCGAACCGGCCCCUUUGCACCGCAACAGUCGUUCAGCGCGCGAUGCUGCAGCAGUAUACACGGCACGCGACUUGCACGCACGCGCCUGUUCUCCGCUGUAAUAACGUUAUACUUAGCCUAUCUAUCUCUCGUUUGGUUCUCUAUCUGUACUCGUAUAACUAUAUAUAGCUUCCCUCGCAGAGUAGUGGGUUGACGUCGAGGGAGACAGUGUCCAGACGUACCUAAACAACUGAGGCUCCGAAAAAAUAAAAUCGAAAAAGUGCCUAAUAUUUAUAACGGAAACUGUAUAGUGAUGUGUAUAUAUACGAAGAGAGGAAAAAAGGCGAACUUACGCCCCUAACCGCCGCAGCAGCACAUACCUAGCCUAUACUUACGCGGCGGCGGCGGCGGCGGCGGCGGCGACAGUUGUGCGUCGUGUGGGUGUGCGUGCGAGUGUGUGCGAGAGGUAUCCUGCAUCACAUCGCGAAGAAGAUCACCGCGAGUAGUUAGCGAGUGUGAAUCAAGCCGAGCGCGUACAUGUGCGGAGCCACGCAACCGUUGUCAGUUAUCUCCUCCAGGAGGCACCGCUACAUCAUCGAGUCGCUGUAGGCAGUGCGCGCGUGUUUGUCUUUCUCUCUCUACUCGUCGACGCCGCUGCGAAACGGUGAACGAUGGAGAUCGCAAGGAACAUCUCGAGGGCCUUUUGGUCGCCGCAAAUCUGGCUGCCGCCCAACAUCAGCUGGGCCGACAUCGAGCCCACCCCCGAGAACAAGUUCGCCGACUACCGGCACUUGUUGUACCCGCUGCCGAUGGCCUUGGUGCUCCUCGUCAUGCGAUACGCCCUCGAGAGGUUCUGCUUUGCACCGUUUGGUAGAAGUUUAGGUAUUAAGACAUCAAGAUCAAAAAAGGCAGCUCCUAAUCCUAUUUUGGACAAAGCCUACAAUGGCAAGAAGAUUAAACAGAAGCAGAUAACUGCCCUUGGUAAACAAUUGGACUGGAGUGAGAGACAAGUAGAGCGAUGGCUUAGACUGAGACGAGCUCAAGAUAAGCCUUCAACAUUGACAAAGUUUUGUGAAAACAGCUGGCGAUGUCUGUAUUAUACUUAUUCCUUCUUCUUUGGCCUAUUUAUUCUGUGGGACAAACCAUGGCUGUGGAAUAUUAACCAUUGUUAUUACAAUUAUCCUUAUCAUCCUUUAUCAAAUGAUGUAUGGUGGUAUUACAUGGUGUCAAUGGCAUUCUAUUGGUCACUGAGCUUUUCUCAGUACUUUGAUGUUAAAAGAAAAGAUUUUUGGCAAAUGUUUGUACAUCAUAUAGCAACUAUUGUUCUCAUGUCCUUUUCCUGGGUCGGUAAUCUUACAAGGAUCGGCUCUCUUGUACUUCUAGUUCACGACUGUGCCGAUAUUUUUCUAGAGGCAGCAAAAAUGGCUAAAUAUGCAAACUAUCAAAGACUUUGCGACUUUAUUUUUGCAUUCUUUACUGUGUUAUGGAUUGUAACGCGUAUGGGUGUUUAUCCAUUCUGGAUUAUUUAUAGCACCUCUAUUGAAGCACCAAAGAUUGUGCCGAUGUUUCCAGCAUAUUAUAUUUUUAACUCUUUGCUGAGUUUAUUGCUGGUCCUGCAUACCUUCUGGACAUGGCUCAUUUUGAAGAUAGCUUAUAAUGCAUUUUAUGCUGGCCAGAUGGAAGGUGAUAUUCGUAGCGAUAGUAGCGAAGAAAUCUCCGAGGAGAUUAAUGGAACAACUGCGAACAAUGUUAACCACACUAGUAGGCCAAAUACAAGGCAAAAACAAAACUAGCGUAAGUAGUUCGUCGCUUUAGCGAACGCAAAAAGUAUUACAUCGAUUAAGAGUGGAUGUUGUUGCCUUUAACUUAGGGUGAUGACGAAUGAUAAGGACGAAAAUCUAAAGAUUAAAGUUUUGUAAUUAAAGUAAUUAGAAAUUAUUUAGCUCGAAUGAAUUGUGAACCUUCUGGUUUGAGGUUGGAUGUGGCACGAAUUCUAUCGAUUCUAAUCUUAUUUUCUAUAGUCGAUGAGCGCUUUUAUACAAAAGUAGCCGAAAGGGUAUCGUGCAGUGGUCGCCUGUUUAUAAGAUUGUCAUUACUGAGUAGUGAAAUGUUCAAUUGUUGCGAAAUGUAUAUGUCGUUUUCACUGUAUCAUUAUGAUGUUUUAUGAACACAUCUUUAUUCAUCAAGAUUUAUGUAUGUACUUUUUUUCUUUACCAUGCACCUACCAGUUUGUGAAGAAAAACCUUAUUCCGCAGCAUUGUGUUUUGUAAACCUACAUUAUAAUAAAUUUUUAUACGUUGCUGAAGUUUAACUUAUUCCGUUCAUUCCGACGCUUUAUGACAUGUCUAAAUAUGUGGAAUAAAGUUUUCUAUGCAUUAUGAAAGUGGCCCUAUUAAACUGUAUCUAAUGAAAAGUAA